UGAGCAGAGAUUGACAAAUCAAAAACCAAAAAUAACGAUUAACAGACAGCUAAUAAUUGUGCAAACUAAGUCCCAAAUCAACUCCUAAUGAUUUUCAAAAUAAGCAAUUUAGGGUUUUCAAUUUCAAACCCUAAGAAAAAAAAUCAUAGCCUUUGGAAUUGGUCCCAUCAAUCCCCUUUAGCUUUCACCCACACACGCCCCCACUCAUCGUCAUCAUCAUCACCAACAAACAAGUCCAACCCCUGCCCUAACGAACCCCAAAUCUCAUCAAAAGAUUCGAAACAACAAAUUAGGGUUCCAAAUUUUCCAAUUUCAAAAAUCAUGCUCCCUUUGAAAUGGUCCCUCUGAGUAGUAACCCCACAUCACAACCGCCUAUCAUGAUUAUCAUCAACCACAAGUAACCCCUUCUGACUCCAAUCCCAAAUCCUAAUGACCCCAAAACAACUCAUUGGGGUUCCAAUUUCAAACCCUUAUUAAAAAAUAUUAGGUUUUAUUUAAUUCUAUUUUAUUUUAUUUUCCUUCUUCCCCUAAACACAAAACCUCACCGGCACCGACCCAUCAUAGUUUUCAUCAUCAAGCUUCGAUUUUGACUCCGGAAAUGGCGACGAGGGGCACCAGAUCGGAGAAGGUUCGGCGAAUUUUCAACCAAUUCGACGCGAACCGUGAUGGGGGUCUCAACCGCGAGGAAAUGGCGUUGCUGGUGGGUGCUGUGAACCCUAGGGUGAAAUUCAGCGACGAACAAAUCAACGCGAUCCUCGACGAGGUGUUCCGAACCUACGGCGAAUUCAUUGAUGGCGACAAGGGUCUCACUUACGAGGGUUUGUUGCGCACGUACGACGACGGCGCCGGCGACGUCGACCGUGACUUCGACGCCCUCGGCCUCGACCUGGUCGCCGCCGACGCCGUGAAGGAGCCCCUCGCGGCAUCGGAGGCAUCGUCCUCGUCGAUUGUCGACGAGAGAAUAACGGUGGAGACGCAGAAGAAGCAGCGAACGGCCGCCUGGGCCGUGUCGCCGAACCACGGGAUCGUGUUCGACGACACGUGGAAGAUUGUGGACGAUUUGGAGCUUCUUGUGAAGAGGCUGAAGGUGAAGCAGUCCAAGGAAGGUGGGAAAUUGAAGAAUGACAACUUUGAUGCGUAUUCGGACGCCGGUUGGUCGCGCGAAUUGGGGCCUUCGGCUGAGAUUUCGGAGAAGAGAGUGAUGUGGGAGGAGUCAGGGCAUGAUUAUGCUGUGUUUUUGAAGGAAUUGGGAGGGCUGAGAGGGAGGGCUGAUGGUGCUAGGUCAAGAGAAGAGGCAUUUGAUGGGCACAUGGCAAUUGGGAGGGUUUUGUAUGAGCACCAGUUGUUUAAGGAGGCAUUGGUUAGUUUUAAGAGGGCUUGUGAGUUGCAGCCUGUGGACGUGAGGCCUCAUUUUAGAGCAGGGAAUUGCUUGUAUGUUCUUGUCAGGUACAAGGAGGCCAAGGAGGAGUUUCUCUUGGCUCUUGAGUCUGCUGAGGCUGGAGGGAACCAGUGGGCUUACUUGCUCCCCCAGAUUUACGUCAACCUCGGCAUCGCACUUGAGGGCGAAGGGAUGGUUUUGAGUGCCUGUGAGUAUUAUAGGGAGGCCGCGAUUCUUUGUCCCACGCAUUUUAGAGCUUUGAAGCUCUUAGGUAGUGCGCUUUUUGGUGUUGGGGAGUAUAGGGCAGCUGUUAAGGCGUUGGAGGAGGCAAUUUUCAUGAAGCCGGAUUAUGCUGACGCACAUUGUGAUUUGGCCUCGGCUUUGCAUGCCAUGGGCGAGGACGAGAGGGCUAUUGAGGUGUUUCAGAAGGCUAUUGAUUUGAAGCCUGGUCAUGUGGAUGCACUUUAUAAUUUAGGUGGGUUGUAUAUGGAUCUGGGUAGGUUUCAGAGGGCUUCUGAGAUGUAUACUAGGGUUUUGGCUGUGUGGCCAAACCAUUGGCGAGCAUUGCUGAACAAGGCAGUGUCACUGCUGGGAGCUGGGGAGACUGAAGAAGCCAAAAGAGCUUUAAAGGAAGCAUUGAAAAUGACAAAUAGGGUUGAGCUGCACGAUGCAAUAUCUCAUUUGAAGCAGCUGCAGAAAAAGAAGACCAAACCUAGUAAUGGAGGUGCUUCUGGGGAGGCAUCGUUUGUUAUAGUUGAACCAUCUAAGUUUAAGGUAGUUGGAGAAAAGACUACUGCAAGACAGGAGCUAGCCACUGCCCUGCAAAUCAGAGCACUUCAGAGGGUUACUAGAUUGAGUCGUUGCAGCGUGGAGCUUUUGAAGAAGGAGAUGAGCGAACGUGAUGUGCCAGUUUCCUAUUCUGGUAGUGGAUUUCCUGAAAAGUCCAUUCGGAAGCCGAGUUUGGAAGAAAUUCUUCAUAGAUUACUCAAUUUUCUGAAGCCUGAGACUUUUCAAGGAGCUGUAAAAGCCAUAAACGAGAGGAUUCUUUCUGUUUUGGAUGAGAAUGGUUCGGGCAGGCUGGAUCUGGGAUUGUUUUAUGCUAUUCUUGCUCCUAUUUGUGGCGGUCCUCCGGAUAGACGCAAAAGGGUUGCCUUUGAUGCACUUUUGUGGCGUCCUAUGAAUGAAGACGGUGCUAAUAUUAGGAAAGUUGAUGUCACUGUAUACAUCAAGUUAUUAAGGGCAGUUUAUCUUCCCAGCCAAGGGGCUAGUGAAUUAAUGGAGGUUCGUGGAGAUUCAGACACUUCGACGGUGUCUUUCUCUGAGUUUUUAGUUAUGUUUGAUGAUCCAGAUUGGGGUUUUGGCAUCAUGCCUAGUCUGGUGAAGCUUGAAACUGGGGAUAGAAAUAGGCAUGGCGACGUGGUGUGCUCUGUUUGCCGCUACCCAAUUAUUGGUUCUCGGUUUAAGGAGAUAAAAUCUCAUUUUAGUUUGUGUAACCAAUGCUACAGUGAGGGAAAAGUGCCUUCUUCAUUUAAGCAGGAAGAGUACAGAUUUAAAGAGUAUGGAAGUGAGGGUGAAGCCAUGAAAGAUAAGUGUAUGUGCUUCAACUUGCAAUCCCGUAAUGAAAAGUAGAUAGCGGCAUUCAAUUUUUUGUCUUUAGAUUUUUUUGUUCUACUAUCUUGUAUUAUCCCAUCUUGUUUAUCCUAGCUUUUCAGGUGUGAAUGUGAUUAUAACUAGAGCUCAUGAGUUCAGCAGGCAUUUUGGCCCCUUGUUUAAUAAUUGUUUCAGGUGGUGCUUCACUGCUCUUUAGUAACUGUUUAUAGACAUUGUAAAACCUUUAACCUCCGUGACAAACAUUUGUGUUUAUCAUGCUUCUCUAUCCCUUCUUUCUGAUUUGUAUGAAGCAUUUAUCUUUUGACACAUGAAGCCUGAAAAGUCAGUCUAGAGUACUGUGAUUCUAAAUUUCAAUUAUAUUUGUAGUAUUCAACGGAGGAGUGGUCAUUAUGUUAGAGUUUGCUUAUACGGUUAAAGUACCUUGAGUACAAUACAUUCAAUGGUUUAUAUUUCACCUCAAUGUUAAUCUGUCAGUACAUUUAACU